ACUUCCUGGUUUGUGGUCUAAUGCUCCCACCACAGGCUGGAAGUGGUGGGAUGAGAGUUCCAACUGUGGCCUGCAGAGUGGGCUGGCGGGCUGGUCCGGGACAAGAGAAAGUGGUGCCAGGUGAGAGGAGGGGGCCUGGGGCUUCCUCUGUCCCCAGUUUGUCCCACUGCUGGGCUGGAACAGGCUUGUUGGAGGAGGCAAGGAUAUCAGUGGAAGAUGGAGGCCUGCCUUGCUCUGCCAGGAACCAUGAGUGAGGCCCGCAGGGACAGCACGAGCAGCCUGCAGCGCAAGAAGCCACCCUGGCUAAAGCUGGACAUUCCCUCUGCGGUGCCCCUGACGGCAGAAGAGCCCAGCUUCCUGCAGGUAGGCCCUGGCCUGCAGGGACUGUGGGUGCCCCCUGUCCAGCACCCUCACCAUGACCCUGUUGCCCAGCCCCUGAGGCGACAGGCUUUCCUGAGGAGUGUGAGUAUGCCAGCCGAGACAGCCCACAUCUCUUCGCCGCACCAUGAGCUCCGGCGGCCGGUGCUGCAACGCCAGACGUCCAUCACACAGACCAUCCGCAGGGGGACCGCCGACUGGUUUGGAGUGAGCAAGGACAGUGACAGCACCCAGAAAUGGCAGCGCAAGAGCAUCCGUCACUGCAGCCAGCGCUACGGGAAGCUGAAGCCCCAGGUCCUCCGGGAGCUGGACCUGCCCAGCCAGGACAACGUGUCGCUGACCAGCACCGAGACGCCACCCCCACUGUACGUGGGGCCGUGCCAGCUGGGCAUGCAGAAGAUCAUAGACCCCCUGGCCCGUGGCCGUGCCUUCCGUGUGGCAGAUGACACUGCGGAAGGCCUGAGUGCCCCACACACUCCCGUCACGCCGGGUGCUGCCUCCCUCUGCUCCUUCUCCAGCUCCCGCUCAGGUUUCCACCGGCUCCCGCGGCGGCGCAAGCGAGAGUCGGUGGCCAAGAUGAGCUUCCGGGCGGCCGCAGCACUGAUGAAAGGCCGCUCCGUCAGGGAUGGCACCUUUCGCCGGGCACAGCGUCGAAGCUUCACUCCAGCUAGCUUUCUGGAGGAGGACACAACUGAUUUCCCCGAUGAGCUGGACACAUCCUUCUUUGCCCGGGAAGGUAUCCUCCACGAAGAGCUGUCCACAUACCCGGAUGAAGUUUUCGAGUCCCCAUCGGAGGCAGCGCUAAAGGACUGGGAGAAGGCACCGGAGCAGGCGGACCUCACCGGCGGGGCCCUGGACCGCAGCGAGCUUGAGCGCAGCCACCUGAUGCUGCCCUUGGAGCGAGGCUGGCGGAAGCAGAAGGAGGGCGCCGCAGCCCCGCAGCCCAAGGUGCGGCUCCGACAGGAGGUGGUGAGCACCGCGGGGCCGCGACGGGGCCAGCGUAUCGCGGUGCCGGUGCGCAAGCUCUUCGCCCGGGAGAAGCGGCCGUAUGGGCUGGGCAUGGUGGGACGGCUCACCAACCGCACCUACCGCAAGCGCAUCGACAGCUUCGUCAAGCGCCAGAUCGAGGACAUGGACGACCACAGGCCCUUCUUCACCUACUGGCUUACCUUCGUGCACUCGCUCGUCACCAUUCUAGCCGUGUGCAUCUAUGGCAUCGCGCCCGUGGGCUUCUCGCAGCAUGAAACGGUGGACUCGGUGCUGCGGAACCGCGGGGUCUACGAGAACGUCAAGUACGUGCAGCAGGAGAACUUCUGGAUCGGGCCCAGCUCGGAAGCCCUCAUCCACCUGGGCGCCAAGUUUUCGCCCUGCAUGCGCCAGGACCCGCAGGUGCACAGCUUCAUUCGCUCAGCGCGCGAGCGCGAGAAGCACUCCGCCUGCUGCGUGCGCAACGACAGGUCGGGCUGCGUGCAGACCUCGGAGGAGGAGUGCUCGUCCACGCUGGCAGUGUGGGUGAAGUGGCCCAUCCAUCCCAGCGCCCCAGAGCUUGCGGGCCACAAGAGACAGUUUGGCUCUGUCUGCCACCAGGAUCCCAGGGUGUGUGAUGAGCCCUCCUCCGAAGACCCUCAUGAGUGGCCAGAAGACAUCACCAAGUGGCCGAUCUGCACCAAAAACAGCGCCGGGAACCACACCAACCAUCCCCACAUGGACUGUGUCAUCACAGGACGGCCCUGCUGCAUUGGCACCAAGGGCAGGUGUGAGAUCACCUCCAGGGAGUACUGUGACUUCAUGAGGGGCUACUUCCAUGAGGAGGCCACGCUCUGCUCUCAGGUGCACUGCAUGGAUGAUGUGUGUGGGCUCCUGCCUUUCCUCAACCCCGAGGUGCCUGACCAGUUCUACCGCCUGUGGCUAUCCCUCUUCCUGCACGCCGGGAUCUUGCACUGCCUGGUGUCCAUCUGCUUCCAGAUGACUGUCCUGCGGGACCUGGAGAAGCUGGCAGGCUGGCACCGCAUAGCCAUCAUCUACCUGCUGAGUGGUGUCACCGGCAACCUGGCCAGUGCCAUCUUCCUGCCAUACCGAGCAGAGGUGGGUCCUGCUGGUUCCCAGUUCGGCAUCCUGGCCUGCCUCUUCGUGGAGCUCUUCCAGAGCUGGCAGAUCCUGGCGCGGCCCUGGCGUGCCUUCUUCAAGCUGCUGGCUGUGGUGCUCUUCCUCUUCACCUUUGGGCUGCUGCCGUGGAUUGACAACUUUGCCCACAUCUCGGGGUUCAUCAGUGGCCUCUUCCUCUCCUUCGCCUUCUUGCCCUACAUCAGCUUUGGCAAGUUCGACCUGUACCGGAAACGCUGCCAGAUCAUCAUCUUUCAGGUGGUCUUCCUGGGCCUCCUGGCUGGCCUGGUGGUCCUCUUCUACGUCUAUCCUGUCCGCUGUGAGUGGUGUGAGUUCCUCACCUGCAUCCCCUUCACUGACAAGUUCUGUGAGAAGUACGAACUGGACGCUCAGCUCCACUGAGCUGGCUGCGGGCUCCAGCGGCCGUGUGCUCCAGCAGGCCAGAGCCAGACAUGACAGCCCUGAGCCUCACAGGCUUACAAGAGUCACCUGCUCCAUGUGGGGACUGGCCUGUUUCCUGAACACAGACCUCUUUCUUGUGCCUUGUUCACUUCUGUUGAACCCCUCGUACUGCCGGGCAUUUAUUAUACUACUUCUUGUCAUAACCUUCUAACUUGUUUCUUGACGACCACCUCAUGUGGCCAAUAAAUGGACUGGGAGCGUUUUAGCUGCCAUUAACUUGA